AUGGCUGCUACAUCUCUCAAAGAUAGCGCAACUGCAGCAGCUUCCAAGGUCUCUGGAGAAGCAAAAGCAAUGAUGGAGAAGCCUCCCCAAGAUGCUUCCUCGUUCUUUCACACCCCCUUCAUGCGCGCUGCAUUACCUUUCCUUAACGGCGGUCUGGCAGGAAUGACGGCCACCACGUGCAUCCAGCCCAUCGACAUGGUCAAAGUUCGAUUGCAGUUAGCAGGCGAGGGUGCCCGCGUUGGCCCAAAACCCUCGGCAAUAGGGAUCACAAAAGAAAUUAUUGCUGCUGGCAGGGUGCUUGACCUAUACACAGGGUUAUCUGCUGGCCUUUUGCGCCAGGCGGUUUACACCACUGCGCGCCUGGGCUUUUUUGACACAUUCAUGUCUACUUUGAACACUCGUGCGGCAGCCUCAGGUUCCAAAGUGACCUUUGGCGAGCGUGCUGCGGCCGGGCUAACGGCAGGUGGAAUCGCGGCAAUGAUUGGGAAUCCUGCAGAUCUAGCACUCAUUCGAAUGCAGUCUGAUGGGUUAAAGCCUAAAGAAGCCAGGGCCAAUUAUCGUUCCGUCGUUGAUGCACUGGUUCGUAUUUCCAAGGCCGAAGGAGUUACAGCCCUGUGGGCAGGGGCUUUCCCGACGGUGAUCCGGGCAAUGGCGCUGAACUUUGGUCAAUUGACCUUCUUUUCCGAGAGCAAGUCUCAAUUGCAAGCCCACACCAAUCUUUCCCCACAGAACAGGACGUUCGCUGCGUCGGCAAUUGCCGGAUUCUUUGCCAGUUUCUUGUCCUUGCCUUUUGACUUUAUCAAGACGCGUCUGCAAAAACAACAGAGGGACCCAAAAACCGGAAACUUGCCGUACAAGGGCGUGUUUGACUGCGCUAGAAAAGUUGUGCGGGACGAGGGGUGGAUGAGGUUCUAUCGCGGGUUCGGGACCUAUUAUGUGCGGAUCGCGCCCCAUGCCAUGGUCACCCUUAUCGUCGUUGAUUUCCUCAAUAUCUUUACGUCGUGA